AUGGAAUCCAAGUACACCAAAGUCCACCAGUCGCCAAAAGGUCCUGGAGACGCCCGUCCCACCGCCCUUCAAAUCAUCAAAGACGCAGGCCGUGAAGAUGCCUUGACCGACAAAGUGAUCCUAAUCACAGGUUGCUCAUCAGGCUUGGGCAUAGAGACCGCGCGCGCAUUAUACGUCACUGGGGCAACACUAUAUCUUACUGCUCGCGACUUAGAGAAAGCGAAGUCCGCAUUGGGCGAGAUAGUUGCAAGCCCCCGAGUCCACCUUUUGCACCUUGACCUGAACUCUCUGGCAUCUGUGCGUGCAUCCGCCAAGGAAUUCCUGUCAAAGUCUGAUACUCUGAACAUCCUCAUCGCGAACGCCGGCGUGAUGGCAUGUCCAGAAGGCCAGACGGCAGAUGGAUUUGAAACCCAAUUUGGAACAAACCAUCUAGCCCACUUUUUGUUGUUUAAUCUCCUAAAAUCUCGCCUCCUUUCCUCAUCCACCCCGGCUUUCAACUCUCGGGUCAUCAUUGUUGCGUCUAGUGCUCACCGUGUCUCCUCCGUUCACUUCGACAAUCUCAGCCUGGAAGGGGAGUAUGAGCCCUGGAAGGCCUAUGGCCAGAGCAAAACCGCCAACGUCUGGACAGCGAACGAAAUCGAGAGACGAUAUGGUGCCCAGGGCCUUCAUGCUUUCAGUUUGCAUCCCGGUGCUAUCGCGACCGAGCUUCUUCGCCAUGUAUCAGACGAGCAGAAAGCUGACUGGGAGAAAAACGACUUUUUGAAGAACUAUUGGAAAAGCCCGGAACAAGGUGCCGCAACCGCUGUUUGGGGAGCAGUGGCCAAGGAACUAGAAGGUACUGGAGGCAAAUACUUGGAUGACUGUCAAAUCGCACCACCAGCCGAUCCUGCACAGCGGCAUGGACCCGGUUAUGCGGCAUGGGCGUACAGUCCUGAAAUGGAAGCCAGACUGUGGGCCAAAACCUUGGAUUUGCUUAAUGAAAACUGA